AUGGACGAAGACUCCCAAAGUGUAUACAGCAUAAGGGAACCCACUGAGAAAAUAACCUUGCAUAUCUCAUGCAGGAAGUUAGCCAAUCUGAACAUCAUUACAGUCUCUGACCCAGUCUGCCAUAUCUACGUAGCCAGCAUUGAAAGGCCAAAUGACUGGAAACUCUUUGGCAAGAUAGAGCAGAUCUAGAACAACAUCAACCCUGAUUUUGUAACAUACACAAAGAAUAGUUGAACCAACACAUUUUAUAAGUUAAGGAGUAGUUAGGUCAAGACGGCAUCAAGAAUUUAAUGUAUUAAUUUAGCCCUUUGAGAGAUGCAAUCAUUAAAAAUUUUAAAGAAGAUAGUGGCUCUAACAGACUCUGAUGCAGAGGUACCUCCGCACAGGCUAAAUCUAAACAUGAAAUUUUUAGUGUCAUAAUGGGAUAAUUAUUGCUUAUUCUUCAAAUUAAUUUCUUCAAAUAUUAUCAGUGUACUUCAAAAUUGACUUUUAUUA